AUGAAGUUUGUCUUUGCUCUUUCGUGCAUUCAGGCCUUUGUGGUCGGUGGGGCUUUGUCCUCUGCUAAUCAAUUAGCUCCCAAGCCAAUGCAAACAUAUUUCGUCCCAUUGCCGGAGGCUGACAUUUUCUCCUCGACUUUCAAGGUUAUCAACACAGGCGCUCGUGCUCCUAUCAUGUCGAUCACCGCGAUUGCCAUCUCCAUCGACGACUCAAUCGUUUGGUACGAUCACUGGGAGGACGGUUACGAUGCCGACACAGUGACUCGCCAAGCCUCCACAAGAGUCUGGGGCGACGGCAACGCCAGCAAUGGUUGCGCUCCUGGUGUCAGCCCUUGCAAUAACAGCAACGAUCGCCUGGAAGCUGGGCAAUCCAUUAUCCUUGAGAAUUGGGUCGAUCUUCCACGCAACAAGAAUGUGAUUAGGUUCGAUGCAGGCGAUCGCAUCCAGUCGUCCUACCCGAUCGCCGUCACUCGAGCUGAAUAUCCUAAGACUCCAGGCUCCCUUCUGGCCGGAGCGGUCGAGGUGCUUCCUAUUGAGAAAUGGGGAAGAGAUUUUAUCGUCCCCGCCGGACAAGACAUCAGGGAAAACAAGUACAGUCAAGCCUUUGAGUACACUGGAGUGUAUGUCAUGGCUGGAAGUGACGACACCAUUAUUACUCUUCCUGACGGAAGCACUACAUUCCUUGACCGAGGUGAAAGCCACCAAAUGAGAAUUCCUGUCAAAGGCGCCAGAAUUAAGGCCGAUAAGGACGUACAGGUUCAUCUCUUGGCUGGUGAUGUGGCUUCCACAUACGAGAUGCGUUGGUACUCGCUGCUUUCGGAGGACAAAUGGUCCAAGGAAUAUAUUUCGCCCGUAGGUGACACCACUGGCCAAACCCGAGUUGUCGUCUUCAAUGCGGGAACCAGCACCAUCAGCGUUGACUAUCAGUACUUUUCCGGCACUUCUCUCAGAAAGCGUAGUAUGUCGGUCGCACCGAAAAAUGUCCAACAGUCAGAAAUUAUUCCGACAGGUUCUGGUGCGCGCUUCAACUCUACGUCUAACUUCAUAGCUCUUUCCAUGACUGACACUCAGAGCAACAGUGGCUCCACAAGUGGUAUGAUCUACGAUUGGGGAUUCCCGUUGGUGCCGCGAAACCAGCUCUCUUCUCAAGUUUUGAUCGGUUGGGGAUACGGAUGCACUGGUAACAGUUGCGGAGGUGGUUCGUCGAGAAGCGUUGUCUGGAUAACUCCGGUCGAAGAUGCCGAUCUGUAUAUUGAUUACAACAACGAUGGUCAAAGCGACCAGAAAAUAACCGCCAAAUACUUGUCUUCAAACAGAAUCAUGGAUAAUACGGACCACGACAUGACCGGGGCCAUUAUUUGGGCCACUGCUCGAAACACCGGUCCUUUGGGACGCCCGGUUGAAAUUGCUGCUGCCUGGGGUCAAGACGGAUCCAGAUCUUACAGUGGCGAUAACUCAGCCUUGGAUCUUGGAACGGUUGUUGUUCCUUUCUACACUGUACGCGUGCAGCACUUUGUCGAAUUAGACGACGACAAAAACAACGACGGAGUCGUCAACCCUGGUGACACACUAUUGUACACCAUCCGCGUGCAGAAUCUUGGACAGGAUGACGUCCAAAUCAAUGACUUGGAUAUUACCAACAACGGUGUUCCGAUUUUAACCACCUACAUCAAAGAUUCUGUCUGGUACUAUCCCGACGGCGGCCUCCCCCCUAUCAAGAUCCCCGACAACACGCAAGGAACGCCCAACCCGUUAGACUCGACCGGUAUUCCCAAUCCGGUGAAGCUUACCAAGCGCGGGGGAACUCACGACAUCAUCUUCAAGGUGGUGACGCAAGGAACCGAGGAUCGCAUCAUCUACAACGACGGAACGAUCCUGCAGGCUCACGAACGUCCGGACCUCCCGUUUGACGUGGAUAUUCCGCUUGUCGUUCCCGCUGGUCAACCGAAGGUAACGAACGAUGACGAUCCGGAUGUUUGCAUUCCACUCGAAGCCCGCCGCGAACGGCGCAACCGUCGCCGUCGCCACCUCCUCGCUCAGGAAGAAGCUUUUGAAAGUCCUACUAGUCCGUUUACCUAA